AGACGAAGUUUUUUAUACUCUAGGCUGGCGGGCAGGGACGUACGGUCUGCCAACCAGCGAGUAAGUCGAUACAAUGAUUUCUGCACUGUUCCCGUCCUGUACCUUAUUGAAGCGCUUAUUGCUGCUUGUGGGCGUUACAAGCACACUUAUGUUCUUGGGCUCCCUGGCUCGUUGCAUUUAUAACUGCACCGCUGCUAAAGGAAAAAGUUUGACCGUCUACGGUGCGAAGAAAAAUGCUUGGGCAGUGGUAACGGGUGCCACGGACGGUAUUGGCAAGGAAUACGCCUUACAACUUGCCAAGGCUGGCUUCAACAUCGUGAUUGUUAGUCGUAAUCCCGAAAAAUUGAGCCGUGUUGCUCAGGAAAUCACGGAGGCCUAUCGUGUUGAGGUCCAAACAUAUGUGAUCGACUACAAAAUUGCUACGGCUGCCACUUUCCAAAAGCUUGCUGAGUUCCUGAAGCCAUUCCAGGUGACCGUACUCGUAAACAACGUCGGGUUGUCUCACAACAUGCCUGUGAGUUUCAGUGAAACCACCGAACAAGAGAUGGAUGACAUUAUGCAAAUCAACUGUUUUGGCACACUUCAUACCACUAAGGCCGUCCUUCCUAGCAUGUUGGAACAACGUCGUAGCAACAAGAAUGGACCUCGCUGCCUCAUUUUGACUAUGGGUUCUUUCGCUGGUCUGCUUCCCUCGCCUUAUCUGUCUACGUACGCUGGUUCUAAGGCUUUCUUGGCCAACUGGUCUGCUUCCCUGGCCGAAGAGGUCAAGAAGGAGGGCAUUGAUGUUUGGUGCUACCAAUCUUAUCUUGUCUGCUCUGCCAUGUCCAAGGUCCGUCGCCCUACUGCUACUAUUCCCACUCCCAAGAACUUUGUCCGCGAGGCACUGGGCAGCAUUGGCGUCCAACGCGGUGGUAACCAGCCCUACAUCAGUCAGCCAUUCCCCUCUCAUGCCGCUCUCAGCUGGGUUCUCGAACAAGCUGCCAGUCGUGUGAAAGGUUUCGUCGUUGCUCAAGUCGCUGCUAUGCACUUGAGCAUUCGUUCCCGUGCCCUUCGCAAGCAGGCUCGCGAGCAACAGAAGGCCAAGGAGACCGCUGCUUCUGCUUAAGACGAUGAGAAUACUAGUAACAGACGUCUCAUGAAUGUACUUGCCAACUAAUGCAUAGACUUAUAUACAAAGUACAGAAUUUCUCCACUUCUCUCAAACGCGCGAAUAAAGACACGACAAUACGCACACACACACGCACACCCUGAUUCCACACAAAAUACACACCAGCUCAUGCUUUCACCAUCGACUCGAUCGUUUAUUUUAUCUACUCAAGCUCGACGAUGUUGCCGCGCUCAGAGACGUAGAUACCGUCCAAGAACUUACGAAUAUCCUUGUUGCGGACGUUGCAAGCUUGCUUGAUGCUGGCGGCGGAUUGGGAAACGUUCUCCAAGGAGUUGCCCUCGAGGACAAGCUCAUCCUUAACGGCUUGGGACAAGGAAACGGUGACACCGGGCAAACACUUGAUCACACGAGUGAUACGCUCACCCAAGAAGUUACGGAUCUCAACAACAGUGUUGUUCUCAGUCAAGUUGAUGUUGAUGGGGAAAUGUGCAUACACAAGACGCAUCUUGUAGCGGUAACCCUGGGUGACACCAAUGAUCAUGUUGUUGACGAUGGAACGGACGGUACGGAGGCAAGCGUUGUGCUUACGGGAACCGUGCCAGACAAUGAACUUCAACACAUUGCCCUGCUUCUUGACCUCGGAGUCGACAUGGCGCAAGUUCUUGGUCAAAGUACCGCGAGGACCAGUGACAGUAACAAUACGGGCCUUGAUUUCGACGGUAACGCCUUCGGGAAUAGGCAGAGUCUCGUCCUUGUAAAUAUCACGUCCCAUCCUGUAGAGAGUUGGUGGUUUGCACAGCUCGUGAUGCGAGACGUUCGACCUACAGAAAGUGUGACUGUUUUUCGUAAAUUUUAGGUUAGGGUUUUUUGUGGUGGUG